AUGGAUUCCUGGACAGUCACCUCUGCUCUUCUUCUCGCGGGGUUUAUUUCUUCUGCGGCGUUCAAUCAUUUCGAGACCGAGUGUUACACUGCCAACGGAGAGGACUACAGGGGCUUCCAGAACCAGACCAGCCUGCAUGGUGGUAAACCUUGCCUCUUUUGGAACGAGACCUUCCAGCACCCUUACAACACACUCAAAUACCCCAACGGAGAGGGUGGUUUGGGCAGGCACAACUACUGCAGGAAUCCUGAUGGGGAUGUUCAGCCGUGGUGCUACAUUGCAGAUCAUGAAGACGGGAUCUACUGGAGAUACUGCGACAUCCCUACAUGCCAGAUGCCUGGGAACUUGGGCUGCUUCAAAGACAGCGGCGACCCCCCCACCCUGUCCGGCUCCAGUGAGACCUCCAACAAACUCACCAUCCAGAACUGCAUCAGCUUCUGCAGGAAGCAGAGAUACACACUUGCUGGUAUGGAGUCAGGAUAUGCCUGUUUCUGUGGCAAUGAAGAAGACCUGCGUGACCACGGCGAGUCGCCUAGCAUGGAGUGUAACCACGUUUGCUUCGGCGACCACACCCAGCCCUGCGGUGGAGACGGCUGGGUCAUCAUAUUUGACACCCGAGUGGGGGCCUGCGGUGGAAACUACAGCGCUCCAUCAGGAGUGGUCUACUCCCCUGACUUCCCAGACAAAUACUCGCCUGGCCGUGUUUGCUACUGGACUAUCCACGUGCCCGGAUCGUUUGCCAUCCUCUUCAACUUCACCUUCUUUGACAUCUCUGACCAGACAGACAUGGUGGAGCUAUUGGACGGCUACACCAACCAAGUGGUUGCACGCUUCGACUGGCGCAGCCCACCACGGGAGCUGGUGAACAUCACAGGCGACUUCGUCAUACUCUACUUCUACUCAGACCGCACAAACCAGGCCCAAGGAUUUGCUCUGCUUUAUCAAGCACUGAAGGGCCAAGACUCCAAAACAAUAGAUGGUGAAAGAGAGGAUGAGGUUAAAGGAGAGGAGUUCCCCAGCACAGUGGGGCCUCAGCUGGCCGCAGGUGUCACAGAACGAUCCAACAGCACCUCUAAUGGACGUUCCUCCCAGAUCCUCUACGUGAUCACGUCCAGCCCCGGUAAACCGGAGCACAACAUGCCAGGUCAGUGGGCUGGACGCGGCGAGACCACCGGCCACAGCGCUAUGUGGACCAUCUAUGCUCUGGCUGGUCUGCUCAUACUGACUGUCAUAGCCAUGGUGGCAAAGCUGCUGCUGCACAUCACAGUCAAGUCCCCUAACAUCCCAACAGUCAGUGGUUCAGACAGCUGCAGCCAGAGCACGGCCUCCUCUGAGCCCUGGAUCAUCUUGUACCGGCCCUCCACCAUCUCCCUCUUCAAGAAGAAGCUAAAAAACCAUCACGGUGACCUCAGCCCCCUGGUGGGCAACUAG